GCCGCCGUGCCUGCCUCUCCCAGCCAGGCAGCAGCCGCGCCGCGCUGCUGGCGGCGGCCGGAGCGGGCGGCGGCGGCGGCGCUCGGCGAGCCCCGGGCGGCUCCGCGCGGCCCCGCGGCGGCCGCCGCUCCCCGCCGCGCCGCUGCCCAUGCCGGCCGGGCAGCCCUAGCCGUGCCGGCUCGGCUCCGCGCUCCUCGGCGCGGCGCGGGGCGGGGAGGGGGCACCACUUCUCUGAGUCUCCCCACCAGAUCGUUAUGGACCUAUUCGACUUUUUCAGGGACUGGGACUUAGAGCAGCAGUGUCACUAUGAGCAAGACCGGAGUGCGCUUAAGCGGAAAGAGUGGGAGAGAAGAAACCAGGAAGUCCAGCAAGAUGAAGAUCUCUUUGCUUCAGGUUUUAACCUCUUUGGGGAACCCUACAAGACAAAUAAAGGCGAUGCCCUUGCAAACCGUGUGCAGAACACACUGGGAAAUUAUGAUGAGAUGAAGGACCUGUUAACCAACCAUUCCAACCAGAGCCACCUUGUAGGGAUCCCAAAGAAUUCUGUCCCACAAACACCCAUUGACAAAAAUGAACAGAACUUUUUCCCAGAACCAAGAAACAGGAUGAUCCCAUCUCAUCAGAUUAGUGGCCAUUCAUCGACAUCAAUGCCUCCGCCUUCUUCAUUGUCAUCUAAUUCUACUUUGCUACACAGUCACCAGAGCAGCAGGAAGUCGAGGACAGACUGGUCACGUGGUGGUCACAACUCUAGUGGGGCCCAGCCAAGCCAAUCCAGUAGUCAGCAGAGUCGAACAAAGCAUAGUUCUUCUCACGACCAGCCACAGGGCAGGUUUGAAGACCUUUAUAAUUGUCAGAGUGAGCAGCAUAAAAGUGGAGGAACUGAGGAAGCAAAUUCUAUGGCAGCAUCUUCACAUUCGAGGAGGCAUACUCAUUCAAAGUUAGCACCUGGAGAACAUACUUACAAAGAAAACAGUCAUUCCAAGUCACCCACAGAGCUUGAAUUUGUAGGUCAUGGUCCUGGAUCUCCACUUCCUUCCACUUCUUUGUUAUCUGCGAACAACGGUCUUUCGACCCAGAACUUCCCACCAGGGCUUCACUGCAAAAACAGCAUGGUCCAGCAAAAGCCUACAGCAUAUGUCAGGCCUAUGGAUGGUCAGGACCAGGUACCCAAUGACUCACCUGAACUGAAACCUCCGAUAGAAAUUGAGAGUGGAUAUGGAAAUCAGUCCUUUGGAACACUGCUGGAAGGAAAAGUGAACACGCCUAGUUCGAAGAACAAAGUACCAAAGCUCAACAUUCCUCCUGUUAGUGAAGUUACCCUUCCCAAUGACUCCAGCUGUGUGGAAGAAAUAUUACGGGAGAUGACCCAUUCCUGGCCUCCUCCUCUUACUGCUAUUCACACUCCUGGCAAGGCUGAGCAGACCAAGUUUUCUAUCCCAAGCAAGGACUCCCAACAUCUGACCUCAGGAUACAAUGUACAAAAGUGGAGUGAUCCAGCAGGGAAAGUUGCAACUAAGUCAGUGCCACAAAAGUCAAUGCUUGAGGAUGAUCUGAAACUCAGCAGUGAUGAAGAUGACAAUGAACAGGCUGCUGAAAAGACAAAACUGAGAAACAUUCCUGUAAACAGCCUGCCAGUGCCGGUGGCACACACAACCAGCUUGGCCCAUUCCAGCGGCGGCUCUGGGAGUUCCAGUGAGUCCGAGAGCAGUUCUGAGUCCGACUCCGACAGCGAGAGCAGCUCCAGCGACAGUGAGUGCAACGAGGAGUCACGCAGUGCCACACCGGAGCCUGAACCUCCCUCAACAAACAAAUGGCAGCUGGAUAAAUGGCUAAAUAAAGUUAACCCCCACAACAAGACCAUCAUCAACAAUCAGAAUGAGCCUCACAGCGAGAGUGGUGCCCAGGCCCAGAGCAACCAGCAGGCCGAAGGGCCAAACAAAGGGAAGCUCAACAGCAGCCUGCCCCCGACCGAUUCCAAAGACCGGGCGAUCCUUAGUCCCAUCCGAGAGAAAGCCAAACCGCGGGUUGCCCAGAAAACCCCAGAGGCAAAAAGCUCCAAGCAGAAGUCACCAGCUCAUAAUGAGCCAACUUCACAAAGGACUACUGGGAAAAAGCAACCCAAAAAGGUAGAAAGGACUUCCAGUGUAGAAGAGUAUAACUGGCCCAAACCAAAUAAUACCAGCAACACUCCCAAAGAAAAAGACACACAGGAACCCCCCGAGCAGCCAAAGGUUCGAACUAAAGCAGCAGUUGGGAAGACUGCUCCAAGGAAAGAACCACGAACUAGCACAGGUCUCACUUCAGAGAAGAAAAAGUACAGAGGCCCCAGCAAAAUUGUCCCCAAAUCCCGGGAAUUCAUUGAAACAGAUUCAUCUACUUCUGACUCAAACACAGACCAGGAGGAGAGCUUGCAGGCUAAGGUAUUGCCAGCCUGCACUGGGUCUGGCAACGGUGUCAAAGUGAAGGACUCUGGCAGUAACAUCCUCAGCGUAAGUAGUUUAACCAGCAAUGGCAGCAACACAUCCAUUGACCAGACCAGCAAUGACCUGGAGGAGCAGCUCUUUUCUCCUAUCCCAAUUGUACAAAAUGAACUUCUGUCCCCACUGAGAGAAUAUGAAGAAGUCAAAUCUCUGUGGGUGAAAAUAGACCUUAGUUUACUCUCUAGGAUACCUGGACAAGAGCCUUUCGAGACCACGUCUGUGAAAAGUGAACCAAGAGAGGCAAAUGUGAAACACAGGCGACCAUCUCGAGAGUCCCCUACCCCAGCAGCUGAAAAACCACCCACAAAAUCCAAAAGGAAACACAAGCAGACAGAAAGCCUGGAUACCUUUGUUGAAAGCAAGAAGCAGCGCCUGGAGGACCCUUCAGCUUCAUGCCUGCUCCCACCUUGUAUCUCUCCAAUACCGAAUCACAGAUUAACCAGCACUAAAGAGAGCAGCGGUAGCUCGGUCAAGAAGGUGGCAAAGAAAAGAGAAGAGAAGCUGUUCCCUCCUCCAUUAUCCCCCCUCUUGGAUGAGCCUGUGCACCGGCGGCACAGCAGUGACAACAGCUCCUUCAGCCAAGAGACCAACACCACAAACACCUCUCAGACCAGCAGCUCUUCCUCCUCUGUUUCUAAACACAGAAAGAAUGAAAAUAAAUCCUCCUCUAACCCCAAAGGAAUCUGUGAGGAAGAAUCGCACAACACACCAACAGCCAACACUCUUCUUGACACCAGCCAUCUAGAAACAGACAUCUGGUCUGCAAUGCCAACACUUUCCAAUGGGAAUUCUGAGCCCAGAAGACCUAAAAUAACAUUUGAUGAUGUGCUUCACAAUGCGGAUUAUUACAUGCAAGAGGCUAAGAAGUUAAAGCAUAAAGCAGAUGCAUUGCUGGAGAAGUUCGGCAAAGCAGUGAAUUAUGCUGAUGCUGCCCUCUCCUUCAUCGAGUGCGGGAACGCUAUGGAGCGAGAUCCAUUAGAAGCUAAAUCUCCAUACACCAUGUACUCAGAGACUGUGGAACUCAUCAGGUAUGCAAUGAGACUCAAGAAUUUCACAGGCUCUUCUGCCACGGAAGGGGACAAGAAAUUAGCAGUUUUAUGCUACCGAUGCUUAUCACUUCUCUACUUGAGAAUGUUUAAACUAAAGAAGGACCAUGCUAUGAAGUACUCCAGAUCUUUGAUGGAAUAUUUUAAGAACUCUUCAAAAGCCUCACAGGCCCCCUCACCUUGGGGCGGCAAUGGAAAGAGCACAGAAACACCAUCACCCAUGUCUCUGAGCCCAUCCCCCGUUGGCUCUGCUGGAAGCAGCGCGGGCACCACCAGCUCCUCCUCAGCGGGGACCAUCACCAUCCCUCAGCGCAUCCACCACAUGGCUGCCAGCCACGUCAACAUCACCAACAAUGUCCUGCGGAGCUACGAGCACUGGGACAUGGCUGACAAGCUGACUAAGGAGAACAAAGAAUUCUUUGUAGACCUGGACUCAGUGAUGGGACCCUUAACACAACACAGCAGUAUGACCAAUCUGGUUCGUUAUGUUCGCCAAGGACUCCACUGGCUCCGCAUUGAGGCUCAUUUGUUGUAGUGACUGCUGCCCUGUUCAUAACAUCCCCAUUCUUCUACCUCUACCAGCGCAGAGACGAUCACUGGUGGAAUUCCACUCAUUUUUGGAAGUUUAUUCAUGUAACUUCAUUUUUAUUGCCUUUUUUAAUAUCCUAUCUAUUGGAAGUAGAAGUCACCAUAAAUGGAACUUAUGACUCAAGAGCAGUAUGUGUUGUACCAUCUAAUCAUUUUCGACAAUUUUCUAUUCCUUGUGUCUCCUGGAUCCUGCCAUCCUUAUGUGCUUUAUGGAACGGUACAUUCCCUGCAGUAUUGUUUUAAGUCCAUGCUGCCUUCAAGUGAAAACAAAAAAGCACUUUGAGAAGAUACGGAUUCCUGAGAAAUAGUACAAAGCGUCUUAAAUAUUUGAGGGUAUAUAUGAGAAGUCCCUUCUGAAAUAAAUUAGUAGAAGUUAUAGCUAUUCAUUCAAAAUCAUCUUCUGAACCUGAACCAAGCUUUUCGACGCUUAAUUCUGGCAUCAUUACAUGACACAGUACAUUCCUAAGAUUUCAUACUUCCUAUAGGCUUAAUCUCUAAAAGAGAACAUUGACUAUGUUACAGGUACAUAAUGUAAGAUCACCAAAGGUGUUAAGAGGUAAAAGGUUGAAGGAAUGCCUCAUUAAAGAGCGAUGACACUAUGCAAUGAGGUUUUCAUAUUCCAUUCUUCCUGUUUAUUGUUGGCUUAAUUUCAGCAGGCAGCAGAAUUUAUUGCAGUUUUUAGGCAAUUUCAAAAUAUUAGCUUUCAUAGUCUUAUCUACCAUUCCUAUACUAAAUCUGUGAAUUUUAUUUCAGUUUUACUGUUUAGUCUGAAACAAAUACUCAUCCAAGAAUUUUCUUCAUAGAACAAUCUCUCCUUGCAUAGUGACUCAGUGAAAGCAGAUUUUAACAGGACCGCUACACUCUAAGCAUUGAUAUUGUAUGUAAAAGUCCAUUAAUAAGUGUAUGCAGAUUCUUCAUGAAACUCUCUAGUUUAACUAACCAGCUACUGUUGAAACAUUAUAAUUCCAUGUGGCAUCAAUUUUCACCUGUUUUGUUCAUUUCAGAGCAUUAGAAACAAACAGUAUUAUCUUGCUAUCUUGAAAACAAUGUCAAAUUAAAUAAAAUCACCAGAUUUACCCAAAAGCAAUAUAACAUUUGUUUAAUAAUGGCCAUGAAUUCUUCAGUCAGAUUACCUAUUUUCCAAGCUCUGCAUCUGUUUACCCAUGCUGUCAUGUUUUGGACCAUUCCUUUAAUGCGUGAAUAAUAAUGAGACAAUUCAGAUAGAAUUUCAAAGCAAUUGUGAAUAAAUUACACCAUUUCACAUUUGCUCUUUCCUCUUCUUUUUUUCCCCAGUUAUAAACUGCACUGCUCUUCUGGUGCCACUGCAAGAAGCGCUGGUGCAUGAAACAAAACAAAAUGAAUUUAUAUCAAUAAUUCACAAGACUUUAAAUGGUCUCAUCUCAUUCUUGAUAUAACGCCUGCAUACCUUACUGAACUGUAAAUUCCAUUUCUAUAAACAGAAAAUGCUCAUAGCAAUGUAAAUAUUAUUCUGUCUCAUCUCAUUGAAAUAAUACAAUAUGUGUAUUAAAUGCCAUCCAGAUAUUAGUUAAUUGCAAUUACCUUCUGCUAUAUAAACUUGUAUAUCCUUUAAUCUGGUGAGUUAUUGGAUUCUACUCACUGGGUUGUGACCAGACAAAUAGAACAAAUUUGCAUUUAAAAGGUUCAGACUGUUACAAUUUUUAGAGCAGGCCUUGGAUAUUGGCAAUAAGAGCAGUUUAAGGACUCUGCCCAAUGCACAUUUCAGACAAACAUUACUGUUGCUGUUGUAUAUUAGCUCCCUGUAGUACUACCUUUUCUUAAAAAACAGUAAUUCCUAAUAUUUCUUUCCACAAAACUGUAUUGUAAAUGUAGCCAAGGUGUGUCAUUAGAGAAAUCAUCCAGUUAGGUUGUCUGCAAAGGACAUUUGCAGAAUAUGCACAUCCUAUAUUAUCUGCAGGUUCCUGCUCCUGAAGUGGUCAAUACACUCUCAUCUGUUCUCUGAGGGUUUCGGUAACGUGGCUGAAACGUGAACCUGACCACAUUUGUCACGAUCAUUCUGGCCCCAGUAGCUAAUGAACAAAACCACAACAGUGAGAACUCUUCAGAAAUGUAGAUGAAAGGUGGUUGUUGACAACACCUGAAGUAUUUUUUUUUUAUUUUUUUUAAUAGGGUGGAUACUUGAGAUGAAGUGGUAUUGGGGUGGUUUUGUCAUAAGCCAGUUUUCCAUUCUUUUUGCAAGAUCUCACUAAUGAGAUUCAGUAACUAUUUAGUCUAAUUAAAGUGCAUUGUCGUCACUUGUUCCUUUAAUGUAGACUGAAAUCCUAGACUUCCAUGCAUUUAUGAAGGAUAGCGUCUUGAAAUACAAUCUUCAGACGUAAGACUGUUUAAAGAGUUAGCUGCAGCUACUCGGUAAAGACAGUGUGUUAUCUUUCCCCUGUUGUUUGCAGUAAACAGACACCUAUCUCUAAAUUUACCCCAAGUUCACAAUCUUUUGCUUAAACAGCUUAAGGAGUUAGCCCACCUGAUUUUGUAUCCCAUGACUUAGUUUGAAAUGUAUGCUGAAUCAAUGGCAUGAUUAUAAUAAGUCCAGCAGUCAAAUCUAGCAUCACAAGCCAACUUACUAUUUAGCCAUCCUGUUUCAAAAGCAGCUUAGAAACAAAUUAAAUAUGGGGAGUGAAUUGCUGUCUUAUCCCUGGGGAUGAUGCUUCUUUUGGGUUAGUUAUUAAGGAUUAUUGCACUUUUACAGGCACUAUAUUCAUCUCAUUUCAAAUGCCAACAUGUCAUCUUCAUGGAAUCAUUUUACCCCUUAAAAUAUUACUUCCAGAGGAGUUAAUCAAAUGAGAUUGUUUCUUUGUUUCAAUCCAUGGGGAAGCAGCAUGUGUUUGCUUGGGCAUUUGCUAUAUCUGCUGUAAACACUGCCUACUUCAGGCAUUCAAACUCAUGAACCAAGCACCAAAAUUUACAAGAUUGGCUUGAGAUCAUGGGAUUUUUUGUUUAAAUAAACCUUUUUGGUUUUGGUAUUGCCUUCUGGAUACUGAGCUUUGAGACUGAUUUCAUGACAUGAUUUCAGGCAUUUUUCAAGCAUGCUGAGGGCCAGAAAUGACACAUUUGUUUUUAAUAGCGAUAAAUUGGGACAGUGAUGUAAUCUCUUGAUUUCUGCAGCUGGGGUUUAAGAAGGACACCAAGCUUCAGAAAAAAUUGCCAGAGCUGACAAGACUGUCAUUUGUGUCCCAUGCUUCAGGAGCAAUAUCAAUAGUUCAGCGGUGAAAGGAGCGUGCCAGUAAAGGGCUAAAAAGAAGCAUUUGGGAGCUCCGUUGGCAUGAGAUCCAAGGGCAGCAAAGUCCUCAGUGCUCAAGUGAAGCAUUUACAUAGCACUUAACCUCCAUGUCAAGAGCUGCAGCAGGUCUUAAGUGAAGUAUUUGACAAGGUGCAGGCAGAAUAUGCUGCUCUGAGUGCAAUGAGUAUCUCUAGCCAUGUGAUGUGUGUUGGGUCCUUGAGAGCAGGGAUCAGAGGCAGAGCCUGAGAUGCUGUUUCCCGUAUGGACCAUGUUCCCCUAGGCAAUAUCCCACUGGUCACGGAUCUCAGCCAUGCUCCUUCGGCUCCUUUCAAAGGACAAAUUGCCCUUCCCACACUUAGCAAGCUAACAGUGUAAAUGGUUCACGCUGAGCUUGAAUAGCUGGGUUUGGCCCAGUAUUUGUGCUUUUUAUUUCAUUUUAUUUUAUUUCAUUUUGUCUUAUCCUUUUUUUUUAAAGUCAUUCUGGUUAAGUUUACAGCCUUUUUGUUGAUAGUGUUAGUGGCAACUUUCACAGCUUGCUUCUUAUAGCUCAAUUUCACUUUUGCUUACAUGGUCUUUGGACUUUUAACCAUUUACAUAGUCUCUCUGUGAAUAUAUUGUCUAAUUUAUAAAUUAUCUCCUUUGAAAGACAGGGACAGGUCUGUUGAUAUCAGUGUGGGGUUCUUUUAAGAAUAAAGAUGGAGAUCGUCAUUCCUCCUAAAGAAACAAAAUCUGAGAAACUGAAUCUGGACCUUAAUUUCUACGCUUUUUUAAUUUCACAGAUUUUAUGUUGUUCUUCCAUUAUAGCAGUUUAGAUUCACUGACAAGUUUUUAGGUACUUUGGAAGAAAUGUUUUCAUUGUAAUUUUAUCAGUAUUUAAUGCUGUCUAAAUCAAAUUAUUAGUUUUGUGAGUGCAAGUUAAAAGACAGCAAAAAUCGGGCUGGUAAGGACUCUGACUUAGGUAUUAAUAUACUUGUUUGCUUUGAGUUCAGGAGAAACUCCAGUACGCACAGUACUGAAGCGACUGUGUCUGUGUCUGUGUGUGUGCACAUACACACUCACACACGUAUGGAUUUGGAUGUGGAUUUGCAGCAGAAAGUCCUUGGUCAUUACUUCAUAGCACAGGAAAAAGAGAUGCAAUAGCCAUGAAGGGAAAACACUCUUACCACUGCCGAGUGGCAGCAGAAUUAUUAACGUGUUGCUCUGUAGUUUGUGUAUAGUCCUGUUUGCGUCUGUUGUCUCCUUGCAGGCAAUGAACGCAUGGCAGAAAAUAGAAACAUCUCUGUCAUCUUGGUCCUGUGGUCCCUGAAGUCAGUGUCAAAACUGAAUGUGGUGUCAACGUAUUAUUUUUCAGAAGGUUGUCAUUUGCAAUAGACCAGUGUCUUGAAAUUUUGAGAAAGGCAAAAUAUGUCACAAGUCACCAAAGAAAAUUAAUUUGUCAUUUUGAAGCAAGUGUAGAAAUGCGCUGCACGUGGGCAGGCCCGCCGGCUGAGGUGCCAUUGCAAAGGGCCUUUGCCUCUCGCAGCAUCUCUCUGACCUCACCGGAGUGCGCUGGGAGAGAGGCAGAGGGGAUGAGGAUGAGAAGCCAGUCCACUGUCCUUAAGACAUCUUCAAGCUUUACUUUACAUAUUGUUUUAUAAACACAAAUAAACCAAGUCUUCUUAAUGUUGGGAGGGCUCAGUUCCUCUGUUUCUAAUACUCCUCCUGGACUUCCAUGAUAUAGCCAGACAGUGAUAUGUAUCACUCGGUAAUAGUGACAUAUUUUAGACAUAUCACUUGAAUCUCGUAGCCUACAUGUAUAGGCUAAAAGCUCAGUUAGGCUCUCCAUUAUCGAAACCCCUCUGCUACUGAAUGCAAAACAUUCCUGCCUGACUUACAGAGUAGCCGUCUUCUCUACAGUGUUCCUGUCAGACCUGCCUUUCUGAUGGACUUGGUAGCUUUACUUCAGCCAUCCUGUGUCAAAGAUGUUUUGGCUAUUUCUUUUGUCUUCCAAGAUCAGUGAUUCUGAUCAUCUCACACCAGUUUAAACCCAUGGUGGUAGUUGUUGAAGUCAGAAGAGAUUGAGUUCAGAUCUUGUGUAUAUCCAGGGGGAUCCUGUGGCUCUGCAGAUAGAAAUGAGAGGAAAAUCAGGUGCAGAUGAGUUACUGCCUAAAGCUGGUGUCGGGUGAGAAUCGCACCUGGCCUCAUCAGGAGGCACUUCAACAGAGUUACUAUGAAGAUAAGCUGUGCCAAGAACCACGGGGUAUGUAGCAACAUCUCAGGCAGCUCAUUGACACUGUAAUCAUCUUAGGCAACAGUAAAGAUGUGAAGAGUGUUUUAAAGAAACUGGGGCAAGUUGGUGUGGUCUGGCAUUAUGAAUUUAACCUGAGUGUGCUUCUGGGGAAAGGGGAUUCAUUACUGUUGAAUUACUGUCAUUCAUUAUGUCCCGCCAAGUAACACCUAUACCAUGGUAUCCUACAGAAUCCGAAUAUGGCACCAUCCCAUCUGAUUCCUUUCUCCACCUCAGGGUGCCACCACAUGUUGCAAAGAGCUAAUGCUUGUCACUGCCCUGAAGUCACCAUGCAGUUAAAACAUUUUUCCCUUACAACUGCAGCAAGGACCAAGGCCAGGGACCCAGCAGCCAGCUCAAGUAGCGAUGUGUGUACUCAGUGCUUUGGAGAGCAGCCGCAGAAAAGACCUGACCUUGCCUACCACAGAGCUCCCUGAGCCCUCAGCUUGCUCAUGGUGUUGGACUACUACAGGUCUGCACAGUGUGAAUCCCCAUAUAGCCCUGGCCACGGUAUUGGUGUGCAGGAACGUGUUGGGGGACCAGUGCUGUGCCCAACAGGGCUGAGGGACCCCAGCCCCACUGCCUGGGUACAGCAGAGCUAAAGACCUAAAACCAAGGUCUUGGUCCUCUACGGCUGCAGGUGGGACUUGGAUUUGAGCACUCACUUUUACUUGCACUGCACCUGGAAACACCAAAUGAGCUGACAGAAGUGGUGCAUGCAGUAACAUCAUAAACCUAAGGCAAUAUUCACUGUAUGCAGAAUUGCAUUUUCAGUUGUAGUGUCCACAGGACCACUCGUGCUUAGAGGACUCUAGCUGAGUCCUACUGAUGCCAGUGGUAAAAGCCAUGUGAGUGGAUGAUGCGGCUGUUUGAGACUUGUUUUCUUCUUUGAUUUUAACUGAGUUCCCUGCUAUGCAAGUUCUGUAAGCUCUCUUUGCUGGAUAUAAGUUUACUCACAGUUGUGUGUCACCCUGUUGAAAUUCCAUUGAAAAACCCAUCAAGCAGAGAUAGCCCUAAUUUCUACUCAGUUAUUUUCUUCUCUGAAUUAGAAGGAAAGUCAGAUUCUGAGGUGAAUUUCAUUGUUUUAAUGGACAAGAGUAACUGCAAUGGACCAAACUUUGGGCUAAGCAAGUGUAAAGUAACUUGGCUCAGCUUGUGGAAUUCAUGGGACCAAAUUCUGCUGUCAUAUGGCAAUCAUGCAAGUCUUAUGGAGCUUGCUGAGCACCGUUUAUCAAAGGAGAAGCUAGUUAACAAGACUGGCAUAGCAUUACUGGAGUUCAGUUGAUUGGGCCAGAACUUCAGUUGCAUUAACCCAAUUAAUUCAAUGGAAUUACACCGAUAUUUGUUCUGGCUGGGCAUGCACCCCACUGAAAUUAUUUCAAGGUCUCUGGACUAGUGCUGGAAUAAUUGCAAACUUGCUCUUCAACCAGACCAUAUGUUGACUCAGCCCUUGCUCAGGGAAACCACCACUGACUUCAGUGACAAAUAACGUGGAGUUACGGACAUGAAGAAGCCUUGACCCACUGGCAGGAGGCAUUUACCCUUGAAUUUAUGAAUGAACUGAACAGCGGAUAGCAACACACAUGCUUUAUUUAUGACAGAGGUAGAGUGCAAGUUCCUCAGCUGGUGUAAACUGAUACAGGAGUACUGAUAUCAGUGGAGUUAAUCCAAUAUGCACACAUGGAGGAGUAAACCCUCUAACCCCAAACUAAUUUUUGCCAAUAUAUCUCUAUGCAGAUAAACUCCCAAAGCUUUUUUCAUCAUGCCUUUUUUACUGAUCGCGCCAAUGAAACGAUUAAUGUACCAUAAUCCUUGUCUGUAAGGAAAUAUAGUACUUUGCAAAGCUAUGCAGUAUAGAGCACAUCAUAAAACUGCUUUAGACCACACAGUCUGGAAAAGUGUUGUCAGAAAUGAGACUAACAGCGCAGCUUUUUAUCUGAUGUCGAUUACACUUUCACCUUGCACUUCCACCACUGAGAGCUUUACCUGUGGACUGAAUGACGGUUAUAUGUUUCUGAUGACUGUGGGCCAAAGCUUCAGCUGAUGUGCCUUUAAGUAGCUCCAUAGAUGUCAGUACUGAUUUACACCAGCUGAAAAACUAGUCCUCUCCCUUUUCAUACUGUGCUGUAUGCCCUAAUACAACUUUAUAAACACAUACUAAAGCUGAGUAUAUAUUGAACUGUUCUGGUUCAGCACCAGACAAUACCCGCUAAAAGAACUGGAGGGUAAUUUCUGCCUGCCAUCUAGGCUUGCAUAUGUUUUGGUUUUAACUAAAAGGCAUGUUGCAAUUUCAUUACCUCUGAGUUUAAAUAUUUACUGGCAUCAGCUUGCACAGAAAAAUGGCAAAUAAAUUCAGACGUGUCAUAAAUGCUCUCAGUCUAGAGAUGGAGUCUGUUACUUUAGUUCAAAGACAUUGCAGCGGGCUAAAGUGGUUUUUCUAAGCCAAAUGUUUUUUGUACAUUUAAAAGUCACGGCAAAUAUUUAUCUAGGCCCGAUUCUGCCAUUCUUCCCCUGAGCACCCUAAUUGGCAGGUUGCUCCACUGAAGUCCACAGGAGUAACUGUAAAUUAGUGCUCAGCACACAGAUUGCAGAAUCAGGCACCGAAUAUGUUAGGCUGAUGCAAUCAGGAGUUUAAUUUUAGCCAUAUGUAUCAUUUGAGGACGUUUCAAAAUUAUGUACCUUUUAUCCAAGCUGACAGUCCUUGUAAUUCCAUGAAAAAUUGUAUAAUUUAUUCCUGUCUGUAUUUUUGACAUCUCUGGAUUGCAUAUCUUCUACUGAAUCUUAAAUGCUGUUUUUUUAAAACCCGCAUUCGAAAGGUCUAGGCCAUAUCAUUACAGAAUAUGAAAACGAGUCGAAAGAUCUGGUUAUUUUUUGCUUUGGUUUUAAGCUCUCCUUUGAUUUGUGUUUUGACUUUGGCUGUGGUACUCCUGGUAUUUUAAAAAUGGCUCAAUUCAAUUUGCGUUACUUCCUGUCUUCUGGGGGGAAAAAAAACAAACAAACAACAAAAAAGAAAAAAAACUAAAUACAACUAAGGUUUAGGAAAAGUAAUCCUGGCAAACUCAGUGGAUGUUUUCUCUUUCUAGUUGUCUUCGUUUCUUAACCUAGCCAUGUGGGGAGUAGUCUAGUAUGCGCGUUCUCUUGCCCACCAUUUCUGGCUGUUCUGGCAAAUGCUACUUUUUCCUUUUGCUCCCCCCACCCCCCAUUUGUGUGUGUGUGUGCGUGUGCGCAUGUAUAAUCAACCAAAAUAUCAGGAAAAUUUGUAUAUGCUUUCUUCUGGCUCCUGGAAAUAGAGCAACAUUAUGACCUUACGGUCUUCCAGCAAAAGUCAGAUUUAAUUUCUGCAUUGCAGUGCAACUGAAUUAGCUAUUGGAAUUAGAUUAUGGUUUACUAAAUGGCCCUUUACCUUACAUUCUUACUUUUUAUUUACUAUUGAAGUACCCUUUUUUUCCUCAUGUGUGCAGAUAUCAUAUCAAUAAUCAUUGCAAUUCCACAAAGUGUCUUUGUUCUGAACAAGCAUGUUAUUCUUGUAAAGUUUUAAGUAUAAGUUAAGAUGUUUUGUACAGACCAAGGUAACUGUUAAAAUGUCAAGCAAUUACUGAAAUGUUGUAUAGUUAUAAAAGUUUGAUUUCUUUUGCUUUAUAUGUAUAAAAUUGUAUCUUGCCUGUUUUGCUUUGUAUUUCCAGCGUGUUGCACAAUUACGCAUUUUGUUUACAUUUGUUCCUUCUUCAGAAAAAAAGAAAUAACAGUAAUACUUUAUGUACAAACAUUUUAAAUGUACUUUUGUUGUUUUUAAACACAAUGUCUCUGUAUAAAUAAUAUUGGUUGAACUGGUACAUUUGUGUCUCUCAUAGAGGGAUUAAUUAUACUGCCAGUGCAUUGAAUUAUUUAAAAAAAAAGGUAAAAUAAAAUUUUUAUGAAAAUGUAA